AACAUUAUACAUCAGCCCUAGCUAACAACUCUGUGCAGACAAUUUACAAACUUCUGCGUUUCUAUUAUUAUUGUAAAAUUAAUUGACGAUUUAUUAAACUUUAAAUUUUGAUUAAAAGAACAGUGUAAAAUGUAAAAAUGCUCAAGUACAUUAAAAGGCAGACGAGUCGCCGACGCAGCUCUCACGAUGCAASUGAUGAUGAUGAUGUGGUCGAUUGUGCAGCAGUGGCAGCGGCGCAAAAGCGUAAUUCGCUGCGCUCCACAACAAGUUUCUGYGAUGAGGUGUUCAUGGAGGAGGAGGAGACGGAGGCAAACCCAACUUCGGAUGCAAUUAGCUUAAGCAACAAAAGUUUGAAUGUGGGCGCAGUUGCUGAUGAAGCUAUAUUCGAAUACAGCUCGCGCCUCUCCAUGUCUCUAAAGGCAAUUAUCAAUGAGCCGGAUUGUCUUAGCUACUUUAUACAAUAUUUGGAGUCUCAAAAUGAGCUGCCCCUAAUCAAAUUCUAUUUGGACAUUGAGAACUUUAAGCGGGCGGCCUUAACACAAAUGCCUAACCUGGAAGAGGAGAAUGCAACUGCUGAUGAAAUCGAACCAGCAGUAGAUAGCUUCACACUGGAAGCUGAGCAGCACAAUGUACCUGAAAUAAAAACCCUUUGCGAUUUGUCCAUGCGCAAGCCGCUCACCGAUGACGAGAAGAGUCGCAUCUACGCAGAAACAAACAAGCAGAUGAACAAUAAACCCAAAUCGAGUGCAGAACUGCAGCCCAUUAGUGCAGCAAGUAUCAACGAUGCCAUAGCCAUUUAUCAAAAGUAUUUAAUUGUAAAUGCGCCACUACCCGUGGAAUUACCCAUUGUCAACCUGGCACACAUCUCGCUGUACCUUUGUAACAAGGAUAGCGAAAAAGGAUUGCAACAGGCAAUCCCCGCCAGCUGCUUCGAUGAAGCGCGCGACUAUGUGCUGCAGCAGCUGGAACAGAAUCAUCUGCAGAAUUUCCUGCAGAGCAGCUACUACUGCAAAUACUGUGUGGAGCUCAUCGAGGGAGAGGCUAGCCUUAAUAUAUACGACGUGCUCUACGACGAGCUAGCUCUAUUCUAUCUGACGGAAUAUCUCGAGCAACAGCAGGAGCGCGAAUGUCUUGAGUUCUGGAUCACCGCAAUCAACUUUCGCAAGAGCUGCGAUGAUCAGAGUGUUGCACAAUCAGAUGCUAUGAUCAUAUACGACCGCUAUUUCUCUUUGCAAUCAGAUUGUCGCCUGUGGAUGUCACAAAAGAUGCGACUACGAGUAGAGCAGGCAAUUUGUGCACCUGCUCAGCUGGCACAUGCCUUCGAUUUAGCCUUACUCGUUACAGCAAAAUAUCUGGAGCAAAAGCACUUUGCCAAUUUUCUGAAAUCAAACAUAUUUGAUAAUUAUGUUAACGAACUGAAAGCCAAGACGGGCAUGCAGAGUGCAACGGACGUAAAAGAUGGAUCAGGUUUGCAGCACAAGCUAAGCCUGAGACGUUCAAAGAAUGUCAACAAUCAGCAACGGCAUCGUAAGACCUUAUCCAUGUCUGAUUGCCAGCAUCUGUCGCAGCAUAACACACUUCUAGCAGGUCUUGAUACGGGCCACAAGCCACUGAAAUCUUCAAAUUCGGGCACAGCAAAUAUGAACAUCGAUUCCAGGCAGUUGACUAAUCCUCAAUUGCUUUGGCAACGUCCUGUUAACUCACUCAAAUUUGGCCAUGUCAAUUCGCUGGGCCGAUACGAGCGAGAUUUCGAUUCUGUGGAUGCUGUUGCCUCACAAAACAAAGCGCCAGCCUGGUCGCUGAGCGUUAAGAAUGCAAUGCGCAAGCUGGUCAAUCUACCGGAGGAUAAUGUGCAAGAGGAGAUCGCCUGGCAGGUGGCCGAGAUGAUUGUUAAGGAUGUGACUAGCGUGACGCUGCAAAACAAGAAUUGAUUCAAUAUUGAUUUAUUUGCUGCUAAGCAAAGUAUUGAUUCAAUAUUUAUUAGUUAGUAAGCAAAGAAAACAAAAUCAAAAUUAUUUAUGAUUUGGGCUCAAAUACUUGAUAUGAAUCUCGUGCACAAAUCGAAUGUGAAAGCUUUCGCUUUUUUACCCUACAAAACCCUAAACAAAACUUAGAACAGCUCUCUCUCGUUCAGUCUACACUGCUG